CGAAGAUCAUAAAUAUGUACAUGGAAAUUGAAUUUUAGACAGCAACCUCUGUUCCGUCGAAAACUACAUGAAUCUCUCCCUCUCUUGUGUAUUCACGUAAAGAAUGCUUCAUUCCUUCGUUUGCAUAAAGUUCCUUUCAAAUCACAACACACCAGAAAUUCCAAAUGCUCGCGAAUUGCUGAACACAUCGCCCAUCCUCAUCAUCCCAUUCUUUACUCCCCAGGUGGUGAGAGAUAGUAUUAGGUUGUUGGAUUGAGGGAUUCGAAUGUUCGGUUGUGGGAUGAUUCUGAAGAGAUCUGAUGGGGUUGAUUUGAACGCAUUCUACCCAGUCAGACCGGAGUGCAAUGAUGAUGCUCGCAAGACCCGUUUUAAGGUUAAGCCUGGGAAGACGCUGAGCGCGAGGAAAUGGCAUGCUGCGUUUUCGGAGAAAGGUCACAUGGACAUUGCCAAAGUGCUCCGUCGCAUCCAACGGGGGGGGGUCCAUCCAUCAAUUAGAGGAGUUGUGUGGGAGUUCCUACUGGGAUGCUUUGAUCCCAACAGCACCUUUGAUGAGAGAAAUCAGCUGAGGCAACAAAGGAGGGAGCAGUAUGGGAUAUGGAAAGCAGAAUGUCAGAAGAUGGUUCCACUAAUUGGCAGUGGGAGGGUCAUCACCUUACCUAUCAAAAAUGAUAAUGACCAACAAUUGAAUGCUGAUAAGGAUUGCAAUGGAGCUGUGUCAACUUCAUCUUUAGAUCCCUCCAUCAGUCAUGAAGGGCUCGUAGAAAAUAUGGACAAAAAGAAAGUGAAAAACUGGAAACUCAUUUUGCACCAAAUUGGUUUGGAUGUUGUUCGAACUGAUCGAGCUCUUUCAUUUUAUGAAAGUGAAAUCAAUCAGGCAAAACUUUGGGACGUUCUUGCUGUUUAUGCUUGGGUAGACAGUGAUAUCGGAUAUGUUCAAGGAAUGAAUGACAUAUGCUCCCCAAUGGUAAUACUUUUGGAACAUGAAGCUGAUGCUUUUUGGUGCUUUGAGCGAGCAAUGCGAAGACUGAGGGAAAACUUUAGGUGCACUACAAGUUCGAUCGGAGUACAAUCUCAACUCGGUACACUCUCCACAAUUAUCAAAACUAUAGACCCUCAACUGCAUCAACAUCUUGAGGAUCUGGAUGGUGGGGCGUAUUUAUUUGCAUUUCGUAUGCUAAUGGUUCUUUUUCGAAGGGAAUUAUCAUUUGUUGAUGCUUUAUACCUUUGGGAGCUGAUAUGGGCUAUGGAGUACAACCCAAAUAUAUUCUCAAUGUACAAGGAGGAAAGAACUGUAGCUGAGACAGCACUCAAGGUGGAUGAGAAGCUACUAAUGAAGCAAUGUGGUAAAUUUGAGAAGGAAAAGGUAAAGACCGGACAUGUAGACCAUGAGAGUGCUCUUGCUGUUUUUCUCGUUGCAAGCGUGCUAGAGACCAAGAAUAAGGCCCUUUUGAAGGAGGCCAAGGGACUGGAUGAUGUUGUCAAGAUUUUGGGUGAGACAACUGGAAAAUUAGAUGCCAAAAAGGCAUGCAAAGUAGCAUUAAAGAUUCAAAAGAAGUACCUGAAUAAGACAAAGCAAUCAUAGUCAAAGCAUCAGCUUUUCAAGUCAUUUCCCUCAAUAUGUCGCGGCGUUGCCCAAGGUGGAUCCCGAGCAUCAACUCUUGUUGGAUGAUACAGCACAUGUAUUCGCCAUUUCUGGUCCUGGUCACUGCGGAGGACUUGGAGUUGGAAUCACAUUGGAAAAGAGUUAUUGCUCUUGAAAGAUGCAUCUGCUUGGUAUGCAAUGUUCUUGUCUGCAGAAACUGAGAGUAGCUCUCAAGCUAAGCUACGAGUUGUGUUUCUGGCUCUGUAGGUUUUCUCCUUUAGAUCGCUGGUCCAUGGUAAGCAGUAUUAAUGGAAAGAGGGAUAAUGAAGUGAAAUGUAUUCUGUACAUUGGUGUUGCAGUUCAAUUAUCAAAAACACAAAAGGCAAAACAAAGGAAUUGACAAAUGAUUAUACAGAUGCACCAAAA